CAUAUGGGAGCUCCCAGGCUUGAAUUCCAAGGUCAUUGGGCUGGGGUCACUGGGGUGUCUGGCAGCACUGGGCUGUCCCUAUCCUGUCCCCAUCCUCGGCCCUGCAGGGCUGCAGAAGGAUUCAUCCUUAAUGCAGAGACCUUCUGCGGCUGCUAAUGAGGAUGCUGCCUCUUAAUUGAGGCAGCUGCUGGUGUGUCCCCGCCAGGCGCCAGGCACAGAAGCUGAUGGAUGUGCUCAGCCCGCGAGGUGCAACGUGCAGGAAGCCAGCCGGGACACAGCGAGCAGCACCAGAGUGAUCUGGCUCAUCUGCCCCAGUGUGUCAGAGGAUGGGACACUGACAGCCUGAGCAGAGCACACCAUGGAGAAGACAGAUGCAGCUGGCCAGCCACCCCUGCCCAAUGGGGAUGGGGAGCAGCCCCGCAGCCUCCCCUACUCCUUGGAAACACCGUACGGCUUCCACCUGGACCUGGACUUCCUCAAGUACGUGGACGACAUAGAGAAAGGGAACACCAUCAGGAGGGUCCACAUCCACCGCAAAGCCAAGCAGCCCAAAUUCAGCACUCUGCCCCGAAACUUUAGCCUGCCCGAGAACGGCUCCCAUGGCUACGCAGCCUCUGCUGGGCCUGGCUGGCCAGCUGCCACGUACCGUGCACAGCGCAAGGCGUCCCUGGGGGCAGAGGAGAUAUCGCGGGCCCCGCUGCCCGGCGAGGAGCCCAGUUACCGCAGGAAGGCUCUCCUGGCCGAGACGCGACGGCACGCUGAGCUGCUGCACUGUGAGGAUGAGCUCAGGGGGCGGCCGCAGCUGCUGCGGGCAUCCAGCCUGCCGGCAGCACUGCCACCUGGCCGGGCCCCGGCCGGCGAUGGCUGUGUGCCAUGUCCCCUCCGGCCCAGUGACAAUGGGAGCUGCCCGGAAAGCACAUUUCGUCCCAUGCCACGUUCACCUGAUGGCAUCGCCUCGCUGCCAUCUCCCAUGUUGAGUCCUGGGGCAGAGUUGGCCUUGCAGCCAGGGAAAGGUAGCCUUGUGCGGGACGUCCCCAAGGAGAGGGCGCAGCCCCUGUGGCAGGGCCAGCACUCUGCCGUUCAGCUACAGGUGGUGGUGGAGAGCCGGGGUGAGGAGGGUGAUGCCAGCGAUGCCACCAAUGGGAGCACCCUGGUCUCAGUCUCACCAGGUACCCUCCCGCUUGCAGAUGAAAGCACAAGCCAUGGGAAAGCAGGGGGAAGCGUAAGUGAAAUUGCUGUGAAUGUGCUGAAGGAAAGUAAGGACAGGUGUGCCCGUGCCCAAGAGAAGGAGGAACGGGGAGGAGAUGCAGGAGAGUCCGGUGGGAUUGCUGCAUUGAAGCAGCACAUCGCUGCGCUGGAGGAGCAGCUGGACAGGAAGAAAGAAGAGCUGGAGCAGAUCAGAGCAGUGCUGAAGCAGCAGGAUCAUAAAAUCAAGGAAAAGGAGAAAAGCAUUCAGUUACUGGCCAGCUCCAAAGCCCAGCUGGAGGAGCAGUUGUGCCAGGAGAACACGCGAGAGGACGCGGUGUCUUCCAUGCGGCGUGGCAGCAUGCUGCAGUACAACGAUGCAGCAGUGAACACUGAACUCUCGUAUGUGAAUGGCUCCAAGCAAGUCCACGAUAAGGGCAUCAAUGUAAAUAUCCCACUUUCCACUAAAUCCAUAGGAUGUGGCAUCCGCAGAGCAGACAGUGGAAACUUGCUGGCAGCGGAGCUGAGUGCUCAGGGAUGGGCUGAUGUUGGCACCCGUGGUGGUGGAGAUGGACACUUUGCCAAGCUCUCAGAGACUGAAGCUGGCCUGGAGCCUGGCCUUCAUGCCCCGGGCUUCACCGAGCUGAAGAUCAACGAGCAGCUCAGUGACGACAACCAAAACCAAAGGAAUAGCUGUGACACCCAGAGUCUCGCUGCUCAUGCGGUGGCUGCGGAAAGUUAUCGAACAAAAAGAACUGGCUCAAGUGCAGGCAAAAACGAGGCAGGCUUUGGUGAAGACAAAACUGAAGAUGGGAUGGGAGAGGAAGGUCUCCCUGACCCCAAAGAUUUCCCUGCUGUUGACCCCAUAGGCCAAUACGUAAAGAAAAUCCAAGAGCUGCUGCAGGAGCAGUGGAUGUGUUUGGAGCACGGCUACCCUGAGCUGGCGAGUGCUAUCAAACAGCCGGCCUCUAAGCUCAGCUCCAUCCAGAACCAAUUAGUUAAUUCCUUAAAUUCAUUGCUGUCUGCCUACUCUUCGCAGAGGCCGGCAGAUAAGGAGAAUUCAAACACGCACUAUCAGCAGUUGGAAACCUCACCAACCACAAGUCUUAAAUCUAUCAUGAAAAAGAAAGGUUAUGGCUCCCAUGCAGGAGGCAAUGGGACCAAAAAGAAUCUUCAGUUUGUUGGGGUAAAUGGUGGCUAUGAAUCAACUUCAAGUGAAGACACAAGUUGUGAAGACAGCCCGUCAGAUGGGGACGCAGAGAGUGACACAGAGAGAGGAGCUGGUGGUCUGGAGCCCACAAAAGAGCAAGGUGGAGGUGGAAGCGAGGGAGCUUCAUUUGGGACCUCUUUGCAGGAGACACAAAAAGACGAUGACCUGCAGGAACCUGGGGCAGAAGCAGCACCUUGCACUCAGCGCAAGGCUGACAGAUGCAAACCCUCUGAAGAUUUCCUCGCUGCCUGCCAGCUGCUCAGCCAGCACCUCUCUGAAAUAAGGACCACGAGUGACCAGCAUCUGCGGCACGUCCUCAGCACCGUCUGCCAGGAAUGGUUCCGGGUGUCGAGUCGCAAGUCCUCCAGCCCUGAGGUGGUCACGGCCUAUCUGCAGGCACUGGGCACCAUCCAGCCGCAGCUGCUGGAGGCAGUGGUCAACAUGGCCGACAGGAAUGGCAACACGGCUCUUCACUACAGCGUUUCCCACUCCAAUUUCACAAUUGCAAAACUCCUGCUGGAUACAGGGGUCUGCCGCCUAGACCUGCCAAACCAGGCGGGCUACACGGCCGUGAUGCUCACCCCGCUGGCGGCUGCUGAGACAGAUGAAGACAUGGCUGUGGUGAUGAGGCUGCUGAAGGAGGGGGACGUCAAUGUGCGAGCCGCUCAGGGAGGGCAGACGGCCCUGAUGCUGGGGGUGAGCCACGAACGGGAGGCCAUGGUGCGGGCCCUGCUGGCCUGCCAGGCCGACGUCAACCUGCAGGACGAGCAGGGCAGCACGGCGCUGAUGGUGGCCUGCCGGCAGGGCAGCACCAACAUGGUCAGGCUGCUGCUGGCCCAGCCCGGCUGCCAGCUGGCGCUGACGGACAAGGACGGAGACACAGCGCUGGCCAUUGCCCAGAGGAGCGCCCACGAGGACAUCGCUGCACUGCUGCACAGCGCCCAGCACGGCCCCAGCGACUGAACCCAGCAUGGAGAAGGCAGAGAGGGAGAAGGGCAACCACAGCUGGGGUCAUUUCCCCUCAUUAACCCACUUCUGUACCCGCAUUGCCACAAACGGCUCAAAUUCUGUUUUGCAGAGUUAAGUUUCUGCACUGCCCUCUGUUAACCCUCGCUGCACAGCCCCAGUGGGACAGCAGCCAAACGGAAGGAGCUGUUCCAGCCUUCGCCAGGGGCUGCCCUUUUAAUCUGGCACUUAUCUGUAUUGCAUUUAACUUGUAAUUUGUGUCCUAAUAUUUAUUAUUAGCUCUCCCCGAUGUAGUAGGAGGCAGCAAUUGUUCAUAUAGGAAACAACAAACACAACAAUCCGAUGCAUUACAGAAAGUAUAACAUCCUAUUUAUGUUUGCUCAUGCAGGCCUGAUGUAAGAAUUAAAAAUUAAUGCUGUAGGAAAUUAUUUGAGUACAGCAGACAUUGUUUUGCCUGGACUCAGAAUUACCAUAUGGCUCUUAUUUUUUCUAAUUAAGUUCGAGCUGAUGGGAAAACGAAGCCCACUGGUUUGCAUAGAGCCCACUCUCUGAGCAUGGGCAGGGAUUUAGCACAACAUCCUCACCCCUGCUAAGAGCAAAUCUCUUUUUUUCAGCUGAUGUGUUGGUGUCUGCUUUGUUUGCUUUCCUUCCACCAUGUCUUUAGGUGGAAGCACUCACCCCGCAAAACACCCACCUGCCUGUUUUAACCCCAUCCCCCAACACAGUUACCUCCCCCACAUACGAAUAAACCCACGUUAAACUUUGA